UCUUAAAGAUAAAGAAAAAAGACCACAACAAAAAGUGAAUAAAUAGAAAAAAUUUAAUUAUAAACCAAAGUGAAGUGCUGCCAAGGAUAUUUCUUAGUUAUACUUCAACAAUUCUUAAACAUUUUGUUAUUGUGAAAAAAAAAACAGAAGCCAUAGAAGCAUAACAAAGGUGGUUUCUUUGGCCAGCUAAUGAUAUCACCAUUAACGCCAGCAAACGUUCCUAUGUCCGUUUUCUUGGAGGUUUUUGAAUAUUCAUCAAAAUUGUGUUUGGUUUGCAUUUGUGGACACAAUCCCAAUCCACUCCGGCUACUACGGUUGCCCGCACACGUAGCUGGUUUGGAUUUGGAUGCACUCCAGAACAAUUACUAACACUGACAAAGUAUUUACAGCGCUUGUGCCGGGCACAUAGAAGCGAAAAAAUGUCAACCUCUCAAUCCUCUGCCUCGGCAGAAGAUGAUAGAAGAUCUGCUGGCAAUAAGUCAAUAGCUGUUGAUACCAUAGUUAAGUUUCCCAAUCAAAGGGAAAGAGAUCUAGAGGCCUCUUUAGAGUCUGAUGAUGAAUAUGAAGUAGCUGGUGCUAUGAUAGAUGUAGAGGGUUUCUGUUAUGCCGACUAUCGUAUGGAACAAUAUGCUCAUAGUGUUUUAGAUUUUAGUUCACAAUAUGGCAUAGAUUUAAGUAUAUCCUAUACGGCACCAAAUAUAACAGGCCGACCCUCCAAAUAUCCAGAAUAUGGUGAUUUUCCACAAACUUUUGCUAUGCGCACCUAUGGUGACUGGUGGGAUCGUUCACCAUCUCGUUUACGUGAAAUAUCACCUCAAAAUUUACCCAAAGUACCAGCUGAAGAUUUUAUAGUUUUGUAUUUUGAAGACUAUGUUAUACCCGAUGAAAUUGCCAUUUUUGAGACAUUUAAUCCGGGUGCUGUUAUACGCAUUUGGGCGUAUACUAUUGCUAAGACUUGGAUUUGUUUGUGGGAGGAUAAUGACUUCUAUACACGACCACCCUAUGUGGCAAAUAGAGCUAGACGUUUUGCACCACCUUUAAAACGUAUACAAUUACCAACAAAACGAGAAAAUACCUCAUUUAAUAAACAAUCCUCAGAAAAUAAUGAAAACUAUAUAAAAUCUAUAAUACAUAUGUUACAACAAACAUAUCCCAAAAACUUUGAUGCACCACACUAUCAAACUAAUACCUUAGUGGGUAAGCAAAGAAGAUCUUUUGCUGUAAAGCAGGAAACAAAUCAUGUCCAUAAAGUUCGUUCCAAGCCUAGUGUAACAUAUCAAAAGAAUACUUUAAAAAAAGUUCCUACCGUCAUAAAGUUAGUCAAAAGGCAAACUAAGGCAACUUCUACUUCAGACUUGAACAAUAAAGAUUGUGUUCUUAAGUCUAUUCUAAAAAAGGGAAAUGACAAAGUAAAAGUUGAAUAUGAUAUUAAUAAAUAUCUUGUUUAUAACAAGCAAAAUAAGGAACCAUUAGAAAACUCUUGCUUCGAAAGGCAAACAAAAGAAUUGUGUUUAGAAGAAGAUAAAGUUGUUGGUUUAUCGGAAAAACAUGAAAAGCGAAAAUUCCCAAAAAGAAAACAUUUACGCAAACAUAAUGAGCCAGAUAUUUUAAUGGAAAAUCUACGUAAUGCUGUUAUGCACAGUGUUCAAAUCCUGAUGAGCACACCUUGUCGUUAUGGAUUACUCUCCAGCAUCGUCAAUAGCAAAUCCGAUUCAAUGACAGUUUGGAAUAAAUCCAAACGUUCCAAAUUCUUUAAAUUAGCCAAACAGGAAAAAUUCAAUAAAGGAGGACUACUAUCUAUCUAUCUAUCUAUCUAUCUAUCUAUCUAUCUAUCUAUCUAUCUAUCUAUCUGUCAAUAUAUCCGCCAAUUUUUGUAUUUUUCAGCAUUUUGCAAUGUGGCUGUUAAUAUGGAUGAUGUGGCUUUACAUAUUUCCCAGUAUAAUAAGCAAUUAAUAUCCUUGGAUUUAUGGAAAGCACAUUUUCUAUCAGCUCAUGGUCUAAUUGCCUUAUCGGAAUGUCAUGAUUUAGAAGAAGUGGAUUUUGGUUGGUGUUUACGUGAGGCUACUUUGGGCGAUAGUUUAAAAGAAUUCCUAACGAAGUGUCCCAAACUAAAGAAAUUAUUUUUAGCUGCUGUUCGUGGUUUAACCGAUCGUGAUUUAGAAUAUAUUGCAAAUUUAUGUCCCAACUUGGAGCAAUUGGAUCUAAUGGGUGUUUUGGGUAUAUCCAAAGAGAAAUAUUAUGAUAUUUUACAAAAAUGCAAAAAAUUACAAUUGAUGGAUCUAAGUUUUUGCGAUAAUAUUAUGGAUUAUGAGGUUGCUAUGUGGUCUCGAAAUUUUAAAGUGAAUAUCAAGUGUUGUCAUGUACCUAACGAUUUUAGAUAAGAUUUUUACCAACAAAAAUUUUCAAAUAAAAUAUUAGUUAAAUACA